AUGACAUCUCUCGUACCUCUCUACAUCCUCAUCAGCUACAGUAUCAUUGUCAUGGUUUUCAACAUGAAAGGCGCGGUCAGCUUUGGCCUGUUCAGCGGAGCAGUAGCUCUGAAUCACAACAAACUCGACCACGUACCACAACAAGCCCUGCUACAAGACCCAUUUGCAUCAGAUCCUCUAGUGGAUGCUGUUUUGCGAGAUGGCGAGUACCACAUCACGACUUCAGCACCUUUAGAGGUCCCCUUCAAGUCCAACAUCUCAACCACCCUGGAGGAAGCACGACGCACAGCAUCGAAGCAAGAGAACUUCCCAUGGACCUUCUGGCCGGAAUGUUUCUCAAAUGAGAACACACCAGAACCCUACUGCCUGUUCAGCGACCAAAGCUUUGCAAACGGCCGCGGUAUCUUCAUCGUCACAACCGAGCCGCUAGCUUACGGUAUGCUGCAAAAGCAGGCUUUCCAGAACCCCAGCUCUUUGCAUCGUUCGAACCAAUACGCAAACCCGCCUUUCGUGCAACACGAGUUUCCCAUCAAAGGUCGCGGUCUAGUCGCGAACAAGACGCUGUUUCGCGGCGAUCAAAUCUUUGCAUCCACACCACUCUUGAUCACCGAUUCAGACACAUACAAGCUGAGUGAGCAGGAGCGCCUCGAUCUUCUGUACCGCGGUGUGGAGAGUCUACCAGAGGCGUCGCGCAAAUCGUUCUGGGAGCUGCUUGACCACUUCAAAGGCGACCCUGUCGACGACCGCAUCAACACCAACAACUUUGAGGUUGUGGUGGACGAAGUCUCCCAGGCUGCUCUGUUUCCGGAGAUUGCAAUGCUGAACCACGACUGCCGACCCAACGCAGCCUACUUCUGGGACGAGGAGACGUUAACGCACUACGUCCAUGCCAUGCGCACAAUCCAGCCCGGCGAGGAAAUCACCAUCUCCUACAUCGACAGCGAGAUGGACAGGGCCCACCGCAUGCAGCGUCUGGAGCGAAACUGGGGGUUCAAGUGCGAUUGCUCCGCAUGCACAGCACACCCGUCGCUCACCGCCGAGUCGGACGCAAGGCUCUACCAGAUCGCCGACCUCGUCGAGUUACUCAACGACUGGACGCCGUCUUCGUCUGCCACCCCGGAGAUGGCCGAGGCGCUCGUCAGCAUGUACGACCAGGAGCGCCUGUGGGCAUACCAAGCGACUGCGUACAAGCACGCUGCCGAAGUGUACAGCAGCUUUGGCAACAAGCACUUGGCGAUCAAGUAUGCGCGGUUAAGCACCGAGUUCAGCAUCCUGGACAAGGGCUUCAGUGACGGCGACGUCAAGGAGAUGAGGAAGAUGGCCAACGAACCAGAGAUGAGCUGGAGCUGGAACAAGCGAGUGGGUCUGAAGAAAAGCGGCUGCGGCUGCGGCAAGGCCCACUAG